AUGGUAGCCUCAACCUCGACAGGGGUGCCUUCUGCUUUGGGUGCUGGAGCGGGUACGACGACGGAGUCGACGCGCAUGGUGAAGGAGGCAUCGCUGCGCAAUACGUGGGCGGCAAACUUCAACAACACCGCGACUCUGCGCGAGACGGUGAGCACGAGUAACGGGGCCUACACCGCCUUUGAGGAGGAGAUCGUGCGAGAGUUGAAUGAGUUACGGCGUGCGCCGGCGGCCUACGCGGCGGUUGUCGAGCGAGAGGCCACAGUCGGUGCUCCGUACGUCCAGGAGAACGAUCUUUACUUCUGCGACGAGAGCGCGGCCGAGAGCGCGGCCGUGGAGUUGCGCCGCCACCUGGAGGAGCAGUACUGCCCUGUGCAAGGCGAGGGGGCAUCCAUUGCCAGCUCCGCCGUGUCUCGUGCUGUGAUGCAAGUCAUGUCGCCGAAGACGGGUAUGCAGACCGGUCAGGAGAAGCGCAGGUGCAAGAAAGCUCUCGACGGUCUCCCAUCGUGUUCAGCGCUGCCCACAGGUGUUGGUGUGAGCAGCGCCACGCGACGGCGCAGCGGUCGACCAUCGCCAGCACCCCAGCGGCCCACCACGGGCUCAGGGGCCCCCCAGGGCGGGGGUGGGCCGUUGUCGCGGCGGUGUACGGUCUCGCCCGAUCUCCCCGGUGGUGGGGUUACGGUGGCGGGUGUGUCUGCUCUGCGCGCGACCCCGGCCACGCUACGCAGUCAAGGACUGCAUGAACUGACCCUCUCUCAGCUGCGCCAUCAGUUUCGCAAUCAGCAGCGCUACCGCGCCGCGCUGGAAGUGGCGCUGCGAGACAUGCGAGCCUCUCAUAGGCAGGCCGAAGCGGCGCAGCAGGCGGCGUGGGCCUCCGAGGCCGAGAAGGCGCUGAGGAAGGGUCGCCGCCUCAUGACGACGAACGCCUUCAGCGUGAACAUGGGAACCUCCUCGACACCCCCACAACACAGCAACACGGGCGAGCCGAGCGUGCCGCCGGUGGUGCCACACAGCCACAAGAAGCUGAGCCAUACCAGCACUGUCAGCUCAGCGAUGCGCACAAGCAGCUCCUCCGAAGAUCCCGUUGCGCUGCGCCGCAGCGAGGAGAUGGCGCAGCUGCGCAGCAUUCAUGAGGCGCGCAUCCGGCACAUGGAGCAGGAGCUCCGCGACGUCCGCAACGCUUGUAAGCGCAGUCUUGCCGCCGCCAACAUUGUGCUCGACGCGGUGCGUGCGCUGCGCGAAGCACAACCAGCGCCGCCCGCACAACGCCACCGUGGCCUGUCGUUGGCUGCCCACGACACAGCUGUAAUGUACUACGGCGACGAGGAGCGAGUGGCGGCGCUGCAGGACCUCUACGCGGUAUCGCGUGCCACGCUGGUAGGGUUGGCCGAGUGCCCUGGUGCACCUACGGCACUCCUGCCGACGCUAGAGCAACUCUCGCGCCGGCUGGAGCAGUGGCAGGUAGAAGAACCGAAGACUAAGAUCACGAGCGUCAGUGGCUCGCACGGCCGGCGCAGUCGCUCUGAGGACGGCAACGAGGGCGACGUGCGCGAGCGGAGCGGGACGGAGGCGGCGCCGUCGUGGGUGUUGCCGUUGCUGUCGGAGGAAGCCUCGCUUCUCGCCAACGUCGCAAAGAAUGCCUGCACAACGUACGGCUACAUAUCUGGCGAGGUGCACGGGCUCCAUCUGCAGGCUAUAACUGGGAGCCCACGCUCCCUGGUGCUGCAGAUGAUCCUUGGUUUGCUGACCCCUAUUUUGGACCUCUCGAACCACAGCCUACCGCAGAGCAACGGCCAGGCAACGCAGAGGGUAUCGACAGCCACGACGGCAAAUAGUACCAACGCAACACGGUGCUACGCAGGAGUGCGCAUCGAGGGUCAUGCGUACGCGGCAGCCGGCGCACCCACCGGCCCCAGAGACGCCGCGGCGCGCGCAGACUUGCCGCAGCUCCAGGUGGCGGCAUCGCAGCAGGGGACGGGCGAGCGGGACCGCGCCGAUCCGGUGCCGGCGGCGUGGCUGAGCAAAGAAGAAGCGCAUCUCGCAGCUCCUGAGCACAAAGCCAGCAACAACGGCACCGGGGCCAUCACGGACGCGUCUCACGCUCAACGAGCUGCUGCUGCUGCGGCGCAGCGGCUGUGGCCUCUCCUGUGGACUGGCGCCUACACGGUUGGGUGCGCCUGGCAGCAGGUGCGUGGCUGGCGCGAUGUACCAACCUUCGCGGAGGCGUGCGAGGAGCGACAGGUGAUACAGUGUGCCUCCUCCGGCACCCUGAGCAAGAAGGGGACUGCGCCCCCCUUCACGGAGGAGGCACACUCUGUCGUCUGCACGACGUUGCUGUUUGCCUCAGGUUUUGAGGAGUACGAAGUGGUGCGUGGGUGCCACCAUAUGAGUCCAGCAGCGGCGCGGCGCGUUGUGCAGAGCAUGCCAGUGACGGUGUGCGAUGGCGGCCCGCAGAGCGCCAGUCACGGCAGCAGUAUCGCGGACUCGGUCGAGGCGCGCCGCGCCGCGGUAGACGUGCACUCGACGCUGGGUGUGACAUUACUGACACCCACCAUGCAUCCAAUGCAUAUACACGCCAGCGACCCGUCGUGCCGCACUGUCUGCGUGGCUGUGCGUGUGCCUUACACCUCAGCAGGCUUCUCCGUCACGCACAGCUCCAUGUGCGCCGGUGAGGAUGGGCGGGUAUGCCGCAGCGGCUGUCGCGAUCCCUCGAUCCGUAUUGUGGCUCAGGUGACUCGUCAGUGCGAGCUGACACCUCCACAACCAACCACGUGCGCGGCUGAGGUGCUGACCCAGCGAAGUCCUGUGGACCCAUCUGUUUGGCUGGUGCUGGUUGACACGGCUGUUACCUUUCAACGCCACGCCGCUGCAUUCACGGAGAGCGACGGUGCUGUCUCGAAAGCCGACGCGUUGCCCGGUACGGAUGCGACGACGAUGUCUGCUGCGAGCGCUGCCGUGCCGCUCGCCCUGCACAUCUACGCAAAGGACACGAACGACGCAAUGAGCGAGUUCGAGCACGUUGCCUUUAUCCGCAUGCAGCAGUACCCACAGCCGCGCGAGGCGAAUGCCGGCGCUAUCGCCAUCACUGCCUCUGCUGCGCCUGCCACGCCCGCUCCCUAUGUAGUGAUGGAGCCGGAGUGGCACUACCUUCUGAAUGGCCUCGCCUGCGUCGCUGUGUCGCCUCUCUCGACAGAGACGGCGACGAGGCUGACCGCCACUUCUCACACGGCGGCGCACGCAUCUGCGCUUACGAAGGUGACCAGUGCGAUGCCGACUGCGAUGUCGGUGGGGUGGGCCACGCUGCAUGAGCCGCUGCUUGGCAGGGAUGGCGUGUUGCUCUGCCCGCUCUCUGCGGAUCUCCGGGAGUCUGAGCGGUGCAGGGACGUGUUGGAGGCGCUGCAAACCCGUCACGAGACGACGAGUAGUGGCAGAGACGGCAAGGCGGCUGCAGCUGCUGGGCGUAUGAUUCGUGUAUCAGUGCAGCUGCCUGCUAAUUCCAAUGUACGGUGGUGGGGCCGGCGCCUGACGAAGCUACGUUGCCUACACGGCAAGUUAACGGCUGAAGUGGUGGCAGAGGGCGACGAGCAAACUCCUGCCUCGACGGCGCAGUCACCAAGGGCUGCCUGCCCACGCCAAGACCGGCCACCAGAGUCGCUAGUGGAGGGAUGCAAUCUGUCCGCAGCAGAACUUGCUCCGCCGCCCGAUGAUGAACAUGCAGACACAAAGGCCACGGCUCUCGGUGCCAGCAAUGAGUCAGGAGAAACUGCUACAUCAGCGGUUUCUGUGACGCCAAUCCUUGUAUCGACGCAUUCAUCCGUGAACCCAGUGGCGGCGGAUGCGGGGGCUGGUGCGACCUUAGAAGGUUCUUCCUCCGCUGCUGAAGUCGCCUCGAGGUCGCCCAAGGGGCAGGGCUCAGAGAAGAAGAUGAGCAGGGACGGCAAGCGCGAGGCGAAGAGGUCCACAACCUCGGCUGCAGCAGGCGGUAGUGGAGGGAAGGCGCAGGGUAGGCGCUCGCCCUCCAAGGACGCUCCUGGCGGCAUGUCAAAGAAGAAAGCGCAGGGGCUGCACAAAGGCAGUGACGGCGUCAUGGCGUCUCCGACAGCUGCCGCGGCGGCGGCAGCUUCCACAGGAUCCUCCUCGGCACCCACGCAGGUGCGCCGUCGCACGCUGAGCGUUAACCCAGCACCCAAGCUUCUCGAGAGCGAUGCGCUGCGCGAGUACGAGACCAUGGUUCAGCGUGCUGCAGGUAUGACACUUGUGACAUCCCGUAGCGGCAGCGUGCAAGCAUGCCUGCAACCGUCGCUAAUCUCCAUCAUCGACCUUCGAGCGCUCUGCGCGCAGCUGCACGCCGACCUGCAGACCUGGGGGGCGCACUUGCGGCGCGUGGGGCCCAUCCUCUCUGGCGAGCGCGACCGCCUAGCGGCAGAGAUAAUCAAGAAGAAGGGGAAGGAGCAACUGCGCCUGCAGCACGACUACGAGGACGUGGUGGGUGAGCUGCAGGUGAUUGAAAGUAGUGUAGCGUCAUUAAUGCAGGCAGCCGCGGCAGCCACCGACGCGCUGCGCACACGCGAGCGCACCCAGAUGCUGCGUCGCGCUCGCCUCGUGCGAAUCGCUGACGAGUUGGCCGCUAUUGAGUCCUCGGCGCCGAGGUUGGUUCCGAAGGAUGCGAGUGACAAGGUGGGAACUGCACCGCUACCGUCAACGCCACCGCCGUCUACAGCGCCGAAAGUGGCGCUCCGUUUCUUCAAGACGGAGGGGGUGGCUGCCGGCAGCGGGCGUCAAGCGGCCUUCGCCGUCGCUCGUCUUCCGCAGCACCUGUCCUCACAGCGGGCUGGUGUGUUGGACUGCACGAUGCGCGAGGGUGCCGCCAAGCCCUCGGAGAGGGAGGCGGGUGAGCUAACGCUGGUCCCGCAGCCGUCGUCCGCCUAUGGUGCCACAUCUUCCUCGUCACCUUUGCAACCGGUCGAAGGCAACGGUAAUAGCGCCGCUGACGUGUACGCGGCGACCUGCUCGAUACCGCUGACGUUUACCGGCCGCGCUACACUUUACAUUGACGACGAGGUCGCUGCGACGUGGUUGGUGUGA